CGCGCCAAGUUCUGCCGGGGGGUUGGGAUUGGGGUCGUGAAUUAGUGAAAGUGCUGUUACUGCUCUCCGCCGCCACAAAUGGUGAACUCAUCGAAAAUGAGCUGGAACUUGUGCUGGCUGUCGCUGACGGUGCUGGUGCUGUUGCUCCAGCAGCUGCCGGCCACCCUUGGAUACUUCGACCUGUUUCUGAACCACUCAGAAGUAAUAAAAUUAAUGGGCAUCGAGGUGGAUCUAUUCUACGUCCGCGACGGAGCCAUUAACGACUACGCCAUGAGCUUCGUGAUUCCGAUGAAGACCGGCGUGGACGAUUUGCAGUUUUCCUGGCAGAGCCGCACGACGUACCCGCUUCCUUACACCAUCUCGGUGCACUACGACGACGACGAGGGCGCCCUGCAGCACCCGGAGCUGAACAUCCCGAGCAGUGGCAUCAUCCCGAUGGCGGUCGAGACGUUUACGGUUCAUCUGGUGUGCUCCGGCAACGUGACGAAGGAGGUUCCGGUCGGGAUUCACCUGCGCGUCGAGGGCCCACCCAAGCAAAACGAUACAAAAUUGAUUAUCAGGCGAAAUAAAAUUUGCAUUAAAGGUGUCUACCCGCCCCGCCAGCGCAUGCCGGCCGCGGAGAUUGCACCCCCGCAGGGACCGGCCCUGCUGGGUGCCGCCGCCUGUGCCCUCGGGCUCGUCCUCGUGGUGGGACUCAUCGCCAGCGCCAUGUACGUGCGGGCCCGCAAGCAGAUUCGCCAGGAUUCGCUACACACCAGCUUCACCACCGCUGCGUAUGGCAGCCAUCAGAAUGUUUUCAUCCGUCUGGAUCCCCUGGGGCGGCCACCGAGUGCCAACAGUGGCUCGUACGCCACCAUUGCCAGCCUCAACAAAUAUCCCAUCAGCGAGUCGAAAAAAUCAUGGUUCCGCAGCACCCCGUCACCGUCGCCGUACGCAACGGCCCUGCUCCCGCUGAACCAUGGCCACAGCAACGGCGGGCUAGCCACGACGGAGUCCGUGUACGCCAAGCCGGAAUCGGUCUGCCCGUCCCGGGUGUCCUAUUACGCCUCGUCGCAACUCACGCAGGUGUACAGCCUCUCGACGCCGGCCCGCAGUAUCCAUAGCAAUGGGUCGAACCCGAAGGAUAAGCUGCGCCGGAUUGCCGUCUCGCCGGACACCGUCCUCUGCCAGCAGCUGGCCCAGGAGGGCACCUACGGGCGCAUCUUCUACGGCGUGCUGCACCAUCCCCUCGGCGAAACGAGGGACGUCCUCAUCAAAACGGUCGUCGACGGAGCCUCCCUCAGCCAAGUGGCCUAUCUGCUGUCGGAGGGAUCGACGCUGUGCGGGGUGUCCCAUCCCAACAUCCUGUUCCCGGUGGCAGCUGUCACCGAGCUUUCGGGCCCGCCGAAGGUGGCCUACCCGCUGGCGACCAAGGGAAACCUCAAACUAUACCUCCAGAGCUGCCGGGAGAUCGGGCUGCAGGGCACGGGUCUGUCGCUCAGCACCCGACAGCUGGUGGAUUUUGGCCUGCAAGUGGCCCGUGGCAUCUCGCAUCUUCACUCGCUCGGCGUCCUGCACAAGGACAUCGCCACCAGGAACUGUGUGCUCGACUCGGAGCAAAACGUACGUGUCUGUGAUAACGCGCUGUCGCGUGACAUCUUUCCGGCCGAUUACCACUGCCUCGGCGACAACGAGAACCGGCCGAUCAAGUGGAUGGCGCUGGAAACGCUGGAGAAGAAGUUUUACACCGCCUCCAGCGACAUCUGGAGCCUGGGCGUGCUGCUGUGGGAGCUGGCCACGCUGGCGGCGAUGCCGUUUGAGGAAGUGGACUCGUUCGAGCUGGCUGCGUACCUUCGCGAUGGCUAUCGGUUAGCGCAACCCGUGAACUGCCCGGAUGAGUUCUACACCGUAAUGUCCUGCUGCUGGCUGGCGGACUACAAGCAGCGUCCGUCGUUUCCGCAGCUAAUUGCCUAUUUGCACGACUUUCACGAGGACCUGGGCAAGUACGUCUAGCGUGUCAAACGGUGAUUUGAGUCCGGGACCUCUGGAGGUGGAGUUGGAGUUGGAGAACGACCACAACCGCAACUAGUUUUGGCUGGACACAAUGCUGGAUGAUGACGGACGG